AUGUUUCAAAUUACGUUCCUGUACCGUUCAAAACCUAAUGUGCGUCUAAUCGCAAUCCAUUCAACCAGCCAUAGGCCCAUUGACAUAACAAUGGACAGCGAAAUAGCUCUGGAUUGCGUUGCUGAUAAAAGGCUGCCUUCAGAAGAUGCGACACUUACCGAAUCACCGAAGAUUACGAACAUUCAUGAAAUCGUAAGUGACACACCUUCAGCACCAGAGGCUAGACAGAAAGCACUCAAGAUUCUUACAGGAAAGCUUGAAAACGUCGAUUUCAAGGAAUAUGCCAAUUUUCUUGGCUCUUCAGAGAAUGCCGCUGUGUUAAAAGAAUUCUUACUUCUGCUACACCCACUGCCUUCUUCAUUGACGGGAACGCUACGAAAGCUCUCUAGCAACAUCUACUUUAUUGCGGAAGCCGCAAACAUUGAUACAAUUUUGGAAGCACUUGCUAAACAGUGGCUUGAAGCACACAGCAUGCCUCAUUAUCAGAACAACUAUCGAUUAUGCCACAUCGUGAUGUUUGCUCUUCUGAUGCUCAAUUCAACAUUACACAAUAUAGUGGCCGAUUGCAGAUUCACACUUCAGGAGUUUGAAGAAAAUACGAUACACGCGCUUCAAAAAGAAUGCGCCGAAAUCGAUGUCCCUUGUUUCGAGCGAGACCUGAAGAAAUGCUACAUCUCACUCGAUAACCAAGAAUUGCCGCUACUGAGGCCCAAUAAUCAACCGAAACACAACCUAGAAAAACGGUCGAAUACACCAGCUCACGGCAAUAACCAAAACAACAUGAAAAAGCUAUCCAUGCUUUCCAUGCGAGGCAGUUCUUUAGAGCGCUUACACUCUCAUCAAUCAGUGGUCUCAUGUCCAACCAGUCUUUCAACCCUUACUUCAAGAGAUACAACAGCCACAAGUAAUUAUAGAAUUCGCAAUAAUCAGCCUCUUCAGAAGCUGUUUCUUGAUGAACCAUUUGAUGAGGAGAUGCAAGACGUGAACGAAACGCCGUGGUUGAUGGAUUCCGUCGUAAAGUAUCAAGAAGCUGCUAAUACGAAUAGUUCUACAUCUCAACUGCUCACACCGGCGAAUACCAGGAAACGCAAAUUGUUCGGAUGGUUUAAAAAACCUUCGAAAGACACAUUAUUUCGAGAGAAUGCGCACGCCGCUAUAGAUCACAAUUGGUUCCGCGCACGUAUACGGGUAUACCAAGGUCGACUUUUCUUGUAUAAAUUCAAAUUUGCUGGCACUGAACGAACAAAUGGGGAUCCAAUGCGGAAAUGGGAAAUUGACUCCGGCAGAAGAAAUUGUUCUCAAUUCCAAGUUUUUAACCUAUACGGAACAAUGGCGUCUGUGGUACAAGAAAACAUUGUGGCUAGUGAAAACUCAAACGUCAACUCGGUUAGUCUAACCCUAGAGUUUCCUCACGGGAUUGACACUACAAGUGGUUUAGCAUUUCGAUUUCAAACACAGAAUUUAGAAGAAGCUAAAAUGUUCACAUCUUGUUUGAACUUUUGGAGUGCUCGUAUAACGCCCAUUCCAUCUGCUCAGGCUGAGAUGAUCUCCAACGAAGAAUAUGGUUGGAGUCAGCGUAUACUGAAGGAGGGUAUUGAUCCCAAAAUGGUUAAACUAGCGAACUGGGCUCCGCUUGUGGGACUUGAUGCAUUGUUUGCGGAGAUGGACGAGAACAUCGCGUUAUGGGAUUUUGACUCCCAUCUUCAGAAUUUGAAAGUAUUUACGGAAACGCUGGAUGCACAGUUAGAUGCUCAUAAUUCUCUCAAACCGCAAAUGAUAAAAGUUUUGUCAAAAAGCUCCCUUAAAAGCGAAGUGCCUCUAUUUGACAAAGCUAUGGACAAUUGGAACAACAAGUACCUUUAUUUGAACCAGCAGUACAGCAAACACCUAGUUUAUCUCAAGGCUUUGCAAAACGCUGUCGAAUUCCACAAAAAUUAUGAGCAUUGCAAGAGUUCUGGAACUCUAGCAGAAGGCGAUGCUCUUGAAAAAAACGCAGACCAAUAG